AUGGCGAGAGGCGCAUCGCAAUCUCAAUCAACGGCGUCCUCCGCUGCCACAACGCGACCGGGUGUGAUGGCUCCGCGCGGCUCCGCUGCCGCUACCGCUGGCAUGCGACGUCGCCGCCUUGGCACCGGUAACAGCUCCGCUUCCGUUGGAAGUGGUUCCAGCACCGGAGGAAGCAACAUGCUGCGGUUCUACACCGACGACGCUCCCGGCCUCAAGAUCUCGCCGACGGUGGUGCUAGUGAUGAGCCUCUGCUUCAUUGGCUUCGUCACCGCGCUGCAUGUGUUCGGCAAGCUCUACCGCUAUCGAUCCGGAGUCGGCGUCUGA